AUGGACGUGGACGUGGACGUGGACGUGGACGUGGACCGUGGACGUGGACGUGGACGUGGACGUGGACAUGGACGUGGACAUGGACAUGGACGUGGACGUGGACGUGACGUCAUGGACGUGGACGUGGACGUGGACGUGGACGUGGACAUGGACGUGGACGUGGACGUGGACGUGGACGUGGACGUGGACGUGGACGUGGACGUGGAAUGGACGGGACGUGGACAUGGACGUGGACAUGGACGUGGACGUGGACGUGGACGUGGACAUGGACGUGGACGUGGACGUGGACGUGGACAUGGACGUGGACGUGGACGUGGACAUGGACGUGGACGUGGACGUGGACGUGGACGUGGACAUGGACGUGGACGUGGACGUGGACGUGGACGUGGACGUGGACGUGACGUGGACAUGGACGUGGACAUGGACGUGGACGUGGACGUGGACGUGGACAUGGACGUGGACAUGGACGUGGACAUGGACGUGGACGUGGACGUGGACGUGGACAUGGACGUGGACGUGGACGUGGACGUGGACGUGGACAUGGACGUGGACGUGGACGUGGAGGACGUGGACGUGGACGUGGACGUGGACGUGGAGGACGUGGACGUGGACGUGGACGUGGGGACUUGGACGUGGACAUGGACGUGGACGUGGACGUGGACAUGGACGUGGACGUGGACAUGGACGUGGACGUGGACUGGACGUGGACGUGGACGUGGACGUGGACGUGGACCUGGACGUGGACGUGGACGUGGACCUGGACGUGAUGGACGUGGACGUGGACGUGACGUGGACGUGGACGUGGACGUGGACGUGGACAUGGACGUGGACGUGGACGUGGACGUGGACAUGGACGUGGACAUGGACGUGGACGUGGACAUGGACGUGGACGUGGACUUGGACGUGGACAUGGCGUGGACGUGGACGUGGACAUGGACUGGACUGGACGUGGACGUGGACGUGGACAUGGACGUGGACGUGGACGUGGACGUGGACGUGGACAUGGACGUGGACGUGGACGUGGACGUGGACGUGGACGUGGACGUGGACGUGGACAUGGACGUGGACGUGGACGUGGACGUGGACGUGGACAUGGACAUGGACGUGGACGUGGACGUGGACGUGGACAUGGACGUGGACGUGGACGUGGACGUGGACAUGGACGUGGACGUGGACGUGGACGACAUGGACGUGGACAUGGACGUGGACGUGGACGUGGACGUGGACGUGGACAUGACGUGGACGUGGACGUGGACGUGGACGUGGACGUGGACAUGGACGUGGACGUGGACAUGGACGUGGACAUGGACGUGGACGUGGACGUGGACGUGGACGUGGACAUGGACGUGGACGUGGACGUGGACGUGGACGUGGACGUGGACAUGGACGUGGACGUGGACGACUGGACGACUUGGACGUGGACAUGGACGUGGACGUGGACAUGGACUGGACGUGGACAUGGACGUGGACGUGGACGUGGAACGUGGACGUGGACGUGGACGUGGACGACGUGGACGUGGACGUGGGACGGACGUGGACAUGGACGUGGACGUGGACGUGGACAUGGACGUGGACGUGGACAUGGACGUGGACAUGGACGUGGACGUGGACGUGGACGUGGACGUGGACGUGGACGUGGACGUGGACGUGGACGUGGACAUGCGGGACGUGGACGUGGACCUGGACGUGGACGUGGACGUGGACGUGGACGUGGACAUGGACGUGACGUGGACGUGA